AUGAUACGAGCCGGGCUUGCCAAUAUGUUUAGGAAGCUGCAUACUACAAUCCGAUUAAAUGGUACUCAGGUCAAAGAAAAACUACAUCAUUUUGAGAAGAGUUACCAGGUUUUGAAGAAGUCGAGGAAAGAGCUUGAAAGAGGUGCUGAGAAACAACGAAUCCAACGUAAGACGCUGAAUAAAACUCCUUACACUAAGCAACACGCACAACAUGUUUUGAAAAGCAGACACGACGUUCCAGACGGAAUGCUGCAGUCAGUCAUGCUUGGACCCACCAGCAAUUCCGAUCUACGCUUUCUAAAGUUGACUCGCGAUAAAAGGCUCAUGUAUACCAUCUUGGGAGUCACUGGCGAGCAAAUGCGCGACUCUAAACUAGUUGCCGAGGAUGUCCGCAAAUUUCUCGCCCGUAAUCAGUUGGAAAAAGCGGUGCUUUUGGCCCGGCUGGCAAAAGGUCGCGGAAUUGUGGGUAUGAAUAAGAUUAUAGAGCACUUCUGUCAAGAGUCGCAGGAUGCAAAGUCUGCUAUAGAUCUGUACAACUGGAGAAAAAAAUGGGGUAUUCCGCUAAACGAGUUCACGAAUACGAUCUUAUUCCAUGGGCUCGCCAAGUUGCGAGACCCGCUGACCGAGAAACAGUCCCAAAGAGUAUUAAAGAUUGCCUCACAGCUGAUCGAAAAGGGAGCUAUGAAUCAGACCGAGUUCAAUGCUGCCCUAAGUUCCCUGGUAAAUGGGGGAGAUAUGGAUUUAGUGUUUCAACUGUUUGAUGCGAGGCCCAAGUUAAUCAAAGGAGAUAAAAUAACGUACACGCUCCUCCUCAGAGCCGCAGCAAAGCUUUCGGACGAUGCACGCUGUAUGUCCAGGAUCGAUUCAAUCAUGGCCAUGCUUCCUAAAGACUGCUUGGAUAGUAGAACGAUGUACGAAUAUUGCCGCGCUUGGCACCAACGCAGAGAUACGAAUUUGUCCGCAGUGGCUUCCAUAGCCAUUGGAAAGUUCUUCGAGCUCGAGUCUGCUUUUGAUGGACUCGACCUUCCAGCUGGCGUCAAUUUACCCGACUUACAGUACUGGGGCAUUGAGAAACGCUUCCGGCCAGAUGUUCACUUGGUUGAUUUACUCUUUGAGAACUUAGAAAAGAAUAAGCUUCAUGAUCUGGCCUGGGGAUUUUAUCAGAAGCUGAAUAUUGAGAGCCCGAGCUUAAUGAGAUUAUCAAUAUAUGAACGAUUGAUAAGGAUUGUGACUUCUGCAUAUCCUACUAGAUGCGCAGAGAUGGCGAUUAGUAUAUUUCACGAUCUAGACACACGACAUAAGGUCAACAAGAACAGCAUGAUUCUUGUCUACAAGGCUUUUGAAAAGCAGGCCAUUAGAAAGUUUAUAAAUGACUCUUCCUCGCAAAUUGACACUUUGCUGGAGAGAUUAUUCAGCUUUGCUGGAGAGCUUGAAGGAGAACGGGCUGGCGAUCUGCGUAAUAAGCCCUUGAACUGGAAGGCGUGGAUUUUUUGCUGGAAUGUUGUCAAUAAGAGUAACGAACGAAGAAAACUAAGCCUCAGAAGGGCAAGUUGGGUGUUGGAUCAGUAUCUAUCAACUCUAUUGACUGGCCAAACUAACGUUCAAAAUUUAAAUCCCCAAGACCACUCUGGGAUGAGGCAUGUGGGAAUCGAGGCGGUCCGCUUCUUAACUUAUUUUUUGAACUUUUUCAAGCUGCCAGAACAAGUUAAUCUUGAAGCCAUCAGCGGUGUUGAAAGAGAAGCGUUUCUGUAUCGAAGGCUAAUAUUGAGACUCAAAGAGAGAAUUCUGCAGAAGGUUGAAGUUAUAGAGGGUAAACCAGGUAACGUCGAGAGCAUAGAAGAGUCGCUAAAACAUACCGCUCAGAAAUUGAAGAAAACCAAAAUUCCGUUUGAACAGCAAAGGACCAGUUAA